UGAGAGCAGACAUAUUCUUCGUUAGGGAUGAUGUCGUACCUGAAAGUAACGGUCAUAUGGAACAUACUUUGCGUUUCCCUGGUGAUCCUUUCACUGCCCUUGAUUCAAGAAGUGUCUUCUCAAGAUUUAUCAAGCUGUACAGGGAGAUGUGGGCAAGGGUAUUCUAGAGAGCAUGACUGCCAAUGUGAUUAUAACUGUCAUCACUACAUGGAGUGCUGCCCCGACUUCAAGAAAGUCUGCACAGUGGUAGCACUCUCCUGCAGAGGACGUUGCUUUGAAGCCUUUGAAAGAGGAAGAGAAUGUGACUGUGAUGCAGACUGCAGCAGAUAUGGCAAAUGUUGCCCAGACUAUGUGGAACACUGUGAAGAGGCACACGCUGAAAAGUCACCACUAGAAGACAAAUCAACAUCUAAAAGAUCAUCCAAAAAUGAGGAAAAGCCAGAGGAAGUAACACAGCACCAUGAAGUUAUGGAAGAUACCCCACCGACAACAGCAGCGUCAACAGCCAAGGCUGAAUCUCCCAUCACCCCCAAACCUGAAGACACAACCCCAGAUGCCACGGAAGCACCAACCAAGGCAGACCCUCCCACCACUCCCAAAGUAGAAGACACAACACCUGAAGCCACAGAGCCACCAACAACCAAGGCAAACCCUCCAACAACCCCUAAGGUAGAAGAUACAACAGCUGAGGCCACAGAGGAACCAGUAACUGAAGCAGACUCUCCCACCACCCCUAAGGCAGAAGAUACAACAGCUGAGGCCACAGAGGAACCAGUAACUGAAGAAGAAUCUCCCACCACCCCUAAACCUGAAGACACAACCCCAGAGGUCACGGAAGCACCAACCAAGGCAGACCCUCCCAGCAACCCUAAGGUAGAAGAUACACCACCUGAGGACACAGAAGAACCAGUAACUGAGGCAGACCCUACCACCACCCCUAAACCUGAAGACACAACCCCAGAGGCCACAGAGGAACCAAUAACUGAAGCAGACUCUCCCACCACCCCUAAACCUGAAGACACAACCCCUGAACCAACAGAGCCACCACCAACUGAGGCAGACCCUACCACAACUCCCAAGGUAGAAGAUACAACCCCUGAGGCCACAGAGGAACCAGUACCUGAAGCAGACUCUCCCACCACCCCUAAACCUGAAGACACAACCCCUGAAACAACAGAGCCACCACCAACUGAGGCAGACCCUACCACAACUCCCAAGGUAGAAGAUACAACCCCUGAGGCCACAGAGGAACCAGUACCUGAAGCAGACUCUCCCACCACCCCUAAACCUGAAGACACAACCCCUGAACCCACAAAGCCACCACCAACUGAGGCAGACCCUACCACAACUCCCAAGGUAGAAGAUACAACCCCUGAGGCCACAGAGGAACCGGUACCUGAAGCAGACUCUCCCACCACCCCUAAACCUGAAGACACAACCCCUGAACCAACAGAGCCACCACCAACUGAGGCAGACCCUACCACCACCCCUAAACCUGAAGACACAACCCCAGGGGCCACAGAGGAACCAGUACCUGAAGCAGACUCUCCCACCACCCCUAAACCUGAAGACACAACCCCUGAACCAACAGAGCCACCACCAACUGAGGCAGACCCUACUGCAACUCCCAAGGUAGAAGAUACAACCCCUGAGGCCACAGAGGAACCAGUACCUGAAGCAGACUCUCCCACCACCCCUAAACCUGAAGACACAACCCCUGAACCCACAGAGCCACCAACAACGGAGGCAGACCCUACUACAACUCCCAAGGUAGAAGAUACAACCCCUGAGGCCACAGAGGAACCAGUAACUGAAGCAGACCCUCCCACCACCCCUAAACCUGAAGACACAACCCCUGAACCAACAGAGCCACCAACAACAGGGGCAGACCCUACCACAACCCCUAAGGUAGAAGAUACAACCCCUGAGGCCACAGAGGAAUCAAUAACUGAAGCAGACUCUCCCACCACUCCCAAACCUGAAGACACAACCCCAGAGGCGCCAACGACCAAGGCUGACUCUCCCACCACUCCCAAACCUGAAGACACAACCCCUGAAGCCACUGAGGCAUCUACAACUAAGGCUGACUCUCCCACCACUCCUAAACCUGAAGACACUACUCCAGAGGCACCAACAACCAAGGCAAUAUCUCCCACCACUCCCAAACCUGAAGACACAACCCCAGAGGCGCCAACGACCAAGGCUGACUCUCCCACCACCCCCAAAGCAGAAGACACUACCCCAGAGACACCAACAACCAAGGCAGAAUCUUCUGCCACCCCCAAACCUGAAGACACAAGCCCAGAGGCCUCCGAGGCACCUACAACCAAGCCUGACUCUCCCACCACCUCCCAGCCUGAAGACACAACCCCAGAGGCCACAGAGGCACCUACAACUAAGGCUGACUCUUCCACCACCCCAGAGGCACCAACAACCAAGGCAGAGUCUCCCACCACUCCCAAACCUGAAGACACAAGCCCAGCUGCCACAGAGGCACCAACGACCAAGGCAGAAUCUCCCACCACCCCUAAGGUAAAAGACAUAACCCCAGAGACAUCAAUGAUCCAGGCAGACUCUCCCUCUACCCCUAAAGUAGAAGAGGUGGAAUCUUCCACAGCCCCUAGGGUCAAGGGGACUACCCCUACAGGCACUGAGGCUAACACCACUGCCAUACAGAAAACAACAUCUAUGGAAGUAACAGCUACUGGUCCUGGAUUAGUAACAACUGCUAAAGACAUGAGCACUCAAAGUUCUGUGACUGUCACAACAACUACAAAAGAAAAACCCAUACCUGGAUCGGAUGCAACAGUUUUAGAAACAACUGAGAAGAAAAUUACAACUUUUGCACCCAAAGUAGCAACCAGCACAACUGUGAAAAACACGACUACAGGCGUUCAAAAGACGGUGGUGACUGAAACUAGGACUACUGAGAUUAUAACAGUAACUGACAAAAAAGACAAAACAGCUAAAACUGUUACUACUCCUAUAACUGAAGGGACAACAACUAAAACAGAAACGACCACAGUGAACAAAGAGGUAACAACACCCAAGAAAGACAAAACUACUGUGCUUAAAGACAUUUUAACAAGAACAAGUAGGAAAGACACAACUACUGUAACUUCAGAGAGAACAGCUAAACAAGAUGACCCUCCUAAAGGUAAGGAUGAUAUUCCAAACACAACUCCUACAGCUGAGCAAACUGUCACUACAGCAGCUGCAACAGAAACAACUGUCAUAGACAAGACUACAACAACAGCUGCAGAGAAAGAAGUAACCUCUGCUAAACAGGACAAGACUCACGUGCCAAAAGAGACUUUCACAACUAGGAAAGAAGAAAGCACCACGGGGACAGAGAGUGUAAAAGCAGCUGCAGCAGUUACAACUCCCCUGCCCAAGCCCACUGUGUUGACAACAACAGCCAAACCAGAUUCAACUCCUAAACCCAAGGAAAUUGUAGUAACAAAUAAAAAAGAUGCUACUACAGAAACUAAGCAGACAGUAGAAGCAGCUAAAGAGAGCAUAAGUAAUACUUGUGUUAUUGUAGAGACAACAGCUGGUAAAAAAGAGGUAACGACCACCAAAGAAACUAAUGUCACACCUGAAGAAGAAAUGCCUGAUUCCGCUGAAAAGGCCCCUAGUAUUGACAAAGGAGAGGAAACUCCAGUUACCAAAGAAACCACUACAAGAGAUAAAAAAGACACAAUAGAAGAAAUGUUUAUUGUUUCUAAAGGGACAUCAAAGCCAGCUAUACAUUUCCAGGAGAUUACUGACACUAGAGAAGAGCCUCAUCCAGCUGACCCUGAAACUCUGCCAGUAGAGGAGCCCGAGAUAAACAAGCCUUUAAUACAAACUGACAACUUGCCAAUUUUACCUGGAGAAACACAAGGUAAUUGCAUUUCAAAGGACCUGUGCAACGGAAAGCCAGCGGACGGCAUGGUGGCGCUGCCGAACGGCACCCUGGCCGUCUUCCGAGGUCACUACUACUGGCUGCUGAACGGCAGGAGCCCACCAACGACCAAUCCCCGCCGGAUCAGCGACGGCUGGGGCAUCCCGUCCCCCAUCGACUCCGUCUUCUCCAGGUGCAACUGCGAUGGCAAGACUUUCUUCAUCAAGGGUCCCCUGUACUGGCGUUUCACUAACGGUGUUAUGGAUAAAGGCUAUCCCAAACCUCUUGCAAAUGGAUUUGCAGGGCUAAGUGGAAAAAUAGUAGCAACCCUCCCUGUUGCAAGAUACAAUAAUAGACCAGAAUCUGUUUAUUUUAUCAAAAAAGAUGGCAACAUGCAACAGUAUGUGUACAGACAAGAACCAGCUAAGAAGUGUCAAAGAAGAACCCAGAUUACUGUAAGAUACCCAGCUUAUGUCCCAAGACUUGUAAUAAGGAGACGCUUCCAACGUGCAGUAAGAAUGCCAACCGUUAUUCAGACUGUCAGAAUCAACCCACGUUCAUCUGGAGUUUUGCGUAAGGAAAUCAAAAUGAAUGCCUACUGGAAAGGGCUCCCGAAAGUUAUUCAUUCAACUAUAUCACUACCCAACUACAAUAAGCCAGAUGGCUACGAUUAUUAUGCCUUCUCUUACAGUAAGUUAAAGCUAAUGCAAGUUAUUUUGUAUCUCAGAAGACUAAGGGAGGGGAAAGAAAGAAGCUUAUGAAUCUCUCGGCUUUCUGGAGUGUGAGGUUAUUGCUUGGGGUUCUGCAAGAACAAUUUUAAGCGCUACUAAACCGUCCUGAGAAUUAAAAUAUUGCCUGUAAUGGGGAGAUGUUUCUAUUAAAAAAAAAAAAAAUAAAUCAGGAGUUACAGGACAACUAGCAGCAAUAAGGUACAAUGGCUCAAACUAGCCAGCUGCAAAAUGCAUUGCCAUAAGCGUUCAGGCUUAUAAAGUGACAAAAACCUGACACUUAAAUGCAGAAUUACAUUAGUGAUAGAUUGAAAUCCCUGGACCACUGCACACAGAUAGUUUUUUCACUGACUUCUGUGAAAGCAUUCCUCAGAAUUUUCUGUAUUAUUCAGGAAAAAAAAAAGAAAAAAGCGUUAAGAACUAGCUGUAUCCAAAUACAGGAUACUAAAGUAAAUCUCUCAUGAGAUGUAUGAUCUAACUCCUAACCUUAACAUAAGCACAUUCACACUUGGGGACCACAGAAUUCCCACUUCUGUAGUCAAUGCAAGAUUGUUUGAUUUCCAAAAAGACUACAUCUAUGUUCUAGCAGUAUAAAAGUAUUCUUCCCUACUCCCUCUUCUUGGGACAGAUUAUUAGCAGUAUUGUAAAACUUAGCUAAGUGCAAAGAAGGACACGUAAAAAAUAAAGUUGAGGACAAAAAUUCAUUGUUAUAGUCUCUCACCUCCACAUAUAUAUGGAAUGGAAAUAGAAAA